UCAUAAAAUUGUAUAACAUGUCACGCGAAGAUCAUAACAUUAUUGCAUAUUUGUUAGGUGUGUUCCAAAAUUAGAAGAGUUGUCAUUUAAUACGCAACAAUAGCAACCCUUUUGGAAAAUGAAAUUCAAUACUUUGAAACUGGAUAUUUUAUGUUACGUGGUACUUUUCCUAGUAUGCACUGGACUGGUCCUAUUCGUGGACGUUAUCCUAGUCAACUUAGACAACUUAAAAUCGAACAUAACGAUGCAGAAUCAACCUAUCAACAAAAAAUCCUUCGAUUUCCUCAUUGAGACAGUAGGAUGCAGAAUACCAUUCAUGAAACCGUAUGACAACAGCAUUAAACAAUUCAUAACAGCCCCGAAAAUGCCGAUAUGCAACAAAGGGAUUCCACCACUGUUUCAAGCGAACCUCACGACGAUCUUUCUCGACAACUCUUCUUUGCCCGCUUACAAUAUUUCGGAUCAAAACCAGUUGCAGUGCUGUUACAAGGCGUUUUGGAGGAAAGAGCCUAAGGAAGAUGAGAACGACAACAAAAUCCAGUACUCCGACAGUUGCUAUGGUUUCAAUAACAGCAUCAAGAUAGAGGAGGAAUUUAUCGAAGUUAGCUGUAAGUACAGAAACGCCGGCAUAUACAGAGACAUGUUCUCGUUCGUUCCUCUGAAGAACACGACCAAUACCACCAGACCAAAGACCCCGAGCGUUCUUGUUGUAGGCCUGGACGCUGUCUCUAGAUUGAACCUUCAUCGACAAAUGCCGCAGACCGUCGGGGUUUUACAGACAAUGGGAGCGGUGGAACUCCUCGGUUACAACAAAGUUGGCGACAACACAUUCCCUAACCUCAUCCCAGUCCUCACUGGGAUGACUGAGGAAGAACUUGUAGCCUCCUGCUGGCCCAGUUCUGAACACCAUUUCGACAACUGCUCUUUCGUCUGGAAGGAGUACAAGAGAAGGGGAUACACGACGGCCUAUGGGGAGGACGCUUCGUGGAUGGGCUUAUUUAAUUACGAGAGGAGAGGGUUUCAGAAGCAGACUGUCGAUUACGCUUAUAAUUACUUCAACAGGUGGAGCGAGGAGAAAAUAGGAAACUCGCACAAUAUGAACGUCAAUGAGUGUGUCGGGGGAAGAUUAGUUUACAGAGAUUUGCUAGAGUAUAUCAAUAAAUUCGCGACAGUCAUGGACCUAAAUAACCUCCCCUACUUCGGUUUCUUCUGGGGAGCCAGCAUUUCUCACGAUUACCUCAAUCAGCCCAAACUGGCUGAUCCUAUCUACAGGUCCUUCUUCAGGAGCCUCAAGGAUGAAGGACACCUGGAAAACACCGUUUUGAUCUUCAUGAGCGACCACGGCAUUAGAUGGGGUGGAAUACGCCAAACCUUCCAAGGGCGGAUGGAAGAGAGACUGCCCUUCGUCUUUAUCCUCCUGCCUGACUGGUACAAGAGCCAGCAACCGAUGGGGUACCGGAACCUCAGAAAGAAUUCGAAAAGGCUUACCACUCCUUUCGACUUGCACGAAACCUUGGUGGAUUUGACAGAUCCAUACGAGUUGAAGGAAGAUUCAUGGAACAGAAAAGAGCAGCAUAGAGGCGUCAGUCUCUUCAGGUCGAUAAGAGAGAACAGAACUUGCGGCGAGGCAGGAAUCGUGCCCCAUUGGUGCACCUGCCAGCGAAGCACCGAAAUCGGCGUUGAUAUGCCAGAAGUGCUGAAAGCGGCAUCCUUUGCUGUGGAGAACAUGAACCAGCAGUUAGUAGGCUAUGCCCAGUGCUCCCGCUUGAGGCUAGAUCUUGUGCUCAAUGCUCGGUUGAUGACGUAUGACGGAAAAAUAACUGAAGAUGAUGAUAAAACCGAAGACUACAUGCUGACGGUGAGGACUUUACCAGGAGAAGGUGUUUUUGAAGUUACUCUGAGAUAUAACACCAACUUGACGGGUAACUAUUCCAUUGUCGGUACGAUAAGUAGACUGAAUCUUUACGGGAAGCAGAGUUCUUGUAUAACGGACUUUCAUUUGAAACUCUAUUGUUUCUGUAAAAGUUUUCUUCGGUUAUAAAAUAUAUGUCUUUGUGCAUGAAACAAUAAAAUCAAGAAGUUGUUGGUUUCCUAA